AUGAGUCAAAGCUCGGAAGAUAGAAAUUCGGAACUAGCAAAAUUAGUCGUUAGGCGGAAUAGAAUAAAAGAAACCUUAAAUCGGUUUGCAGAAUUCGUAGACACGUUUAAUUUGAGCCAAAUAAAGGAGCUUCAAGUCCGUACCGAAAAAAUAGAGCCACUGUUGGACCGAUUUGAAGAAAUUCAAAUAGAAAUAGAAAUUCUUGACUCUGAAGCAGAUGGCAACUUGGAGUAUGAAAGCUUCGAAUCACAAUUCUAUUCGUUGUUGGCUACGGCCAAGGGGCACAUUUCGCAAUAUCAAUUAAAGGCAGAGCACAAUCAGAGUUUAACUAAUCCGUCAUUAAUUCAAAAUAGUCAGGGUAGUAGUGGGAUAGAUAACAACUCGUUCAUAGUGGGCGGGGCUAAGCUGCCGAGCUUAGGUUUACCUAAAUUUAGGGGUGAUUUUGAGAAGUGGUUGCAGUUUUUUGAGGGUUUUCAGACGCUAGUUCACAAUAAUCCAUGUUUGGAUAACAUACAAAAAUUUUAUUACUUAUUGGAUUGCCUGGAAGGCGAGGCCAGAAAAAUUUUGGAUUGUCUGGAAAUAACAAAUGACAACUACGAAGUAGCUUUAGACUUAUUGAAAAAACGAUUUCAAAAUAAACCUGUAAUUAUUAAGAACCAUAUUAAAGCCCUGGUGGAUAUGCCGAUUGUAAGUAGGGAAUCUUCCCAGUUACUAAGAAAUUUAAGUGAUUCUAUUGAAAAGCACAUUCGGGCCCUGAAAACAUUAGGAGAACCGGUAGACACAUGGGAUAGAUUGCUUAUUUUUCUAAUGAGCAAGAAAUUAGAUAUAGAAACAAAAAAGGAAUGGGAACAAAAAAGCAUAUCAGAUUUUAAAGGUGUUCCACAACUAUCUAAUUUUAUUAAUUUUUUAAACAAUAAAUGUCAUAUUUUAGAAACUGUUGAGAGUAAUACAAAGGGGACUAUUAAACAAGGUUAUAGCGGUAGUCAAAAUUCUCGUGGGGCUUACGCGGCAGUAGGAGGAUCCAAUGUAAAGUGCGAGUUUUGCAAGGGAUCACACUUUGUAUACUUUUGUCAAAAAUUGUUAGCACUUUCGGUUUCGGAGAGACUCAGGGAAAUUAAAAAACUUAAACUCUGUUUCAAUUGUUUACGAUCUAGUCAUACAGCGAGCGAAUGUCGGGCAAGUGGUUGUAAAAGGUGUCGGGGUCGGCAUAAUAGCUUAUUACAUCUAGAAAAGCAAAUAAAUCAAAAUUUUGGGAACGGACGGUUAGUGAAUAAAGAUAUAGAGUCAGGGAGAAAAAACAAACCGGAAGAAGCGGACACGGUACAUGCGUGUGUAGACGGGGUGGAAGCAACAGAGGAGCAGUUCGUAGCUGCAACUUCUUACAGUAAUCCAAAAGAGGCUAGUCAAACUAUUUUGUCUACUGCGCUUAUUUACAUAAAAGAUAAUAAAGAUAACUAUGUAAAGUGCAGAGCGUUGUUAGACAGUGGCUCUCAAAUGAAUUUUAUUUCUAGUGAGUUGGUAAGAAAACUAAAAUUAAAGACAAAUACAAUAGAUAUACCUAUUUCAGGAGUUAAUCAAAUGCUUACCAAAAUCGACAGUCAAACAGAAUCUAUUAUCAAAUCAUGUUAUAAUAACUUUACAGCAACUCUGUCUUUUCUGGUUCUAAAAAAUAUCACAUAUAAUAUUCCGGUACAAUCUUUUGAGGCGUCAGCUAUAAAUAUACCGUCUAAUUUAAAAUUAGCGGACCCAGAGUUUAACAUGUCGGCAAAAAUAGAUGUUUUAAUAGGGGCUGACUUAUUUUUUAACUUACUCUGUGUAGGGCAAAUUAGGUUAGGUAUGGGGAAACCGCUGUUACAAAAAAGCGUUUUCGGUUGGAUCAUAUCAGGACGUUUAGUUCAUGAUAAAUCAAGCACAGCUGCUCAGUCGUUUCAUUUGUUAGCCUCUCAAGAUGUACAAGAACAAUUGGAGAAAUUUUGGCAUAUCGAGGAAGUAGCCACAGCAUCGCAUUAUUCAAAAGAGGAAUCAGAUUGCGAGCAACACUUUGUAGAUAGAGUCACUCGGGACUGUUCUGGUAGAUUUUGUGUAACUUUGCCGCUGAAAGAUAAUAGCAGCAAGUUAGGUAAUUCUGUAGAAAAUGCUAAAAGUAGAUUUUACUCUUUAGAGAAGAAGUUUGCGAAAAAUGCAGUCCUCAAAGAAGAAUAUUCAGCAUUUAUUCAAGAAUAUAUCGAUUUGGGACACAUGAGUAAAAUUGAGAUUCAGAAUGAUUCUCUAAAUAAUAUAUGCUAUUUACCACAUCACGGUGUCAUAAAUGAAGGUAGUACUACUACAAAGCUACGUGUGGUGUUUGAUGCUAGUUCAAAAACCUCUAGCAAUUUUUCAUUAAAUGAUGUAUUGAUGGUUGGGCCAUGUAUUCAAGAUGAUCUGUUUGAUAUCUUGAUUAGAUUUCGACAACAUAGUGUAGUAUUGACAGCAGAUAUUACAAAAAUGUACCGACAGGUGAAUGUUGAUGUUCAGCAGCGUGACUUACAAAGAAUAUUGUGGCGCGCGGAUUCUGAUUCAGAGCUUGAACAUUAUAGACUAAAUACAUUAACGUAUGGUACUGCACCUGCGGCCUUUUUAGCGACUAGAUGCCUCGUGCAGAUUGCCUUAGAUAUUGAAGAUAGAUUACCAGAGAUAAGCAAGAUAAUAAGAAAACAGUUUUAUGUAGAUGACUUAAUCUUAAGUGUAGAGUCAGUUGAAAAGGCUAUAGAGAUAGCAAAAUGCAUUUAUGAAGAACUUAGUAAAUACGGGUUUCCAUUACGAAAAUGGUCUUCCAACUAUAGAGAAGUACUGGAUGGUCUUCCCUUUGAAAAAGCAGAUAAUAUGGGGUAUAUUAUAGCAGACAAUGAAUGCAAUAAAACAUUGGGAAUAUUUUGGAGAGCAAAUUCUGAUGCGUUGCAAUAUGUAGUGGAGAAACGAUUUAUGAAUUAUGCUGAUGUAACAAAGCGUGUGAUAUUGUCGAUAACAUCACAAAUAUUUGAUCCGUUAGGCUUACUGAGUCCUGUCAUCAUAAGAACAAAGAUUUUGCUACAAAGACUUUGGCAGUUGAAAUUAGCUUGGGACGAAACAAUUCCGAUAGAUUUGGCUACAACAUGGAAUGAAUUUUAUAAGCAAUUUGCAUGUCUUAAUGAAAUCAGGAUUCCCAGGCAAAUUGCAAUAUUAGAUGCUGUUAGAUUUGAGAUUCAUGGGUUUUCUGAUGCCAGUGAGCAAGCUUAUGGUGCCUGUUUGUAUCUUCGUUCCAUUAAUGCAGCUGGUAACAUUCUAGUACGUCUGAUUUGUGCCAAGUCUCGUGUAGCUCCGAUAAAGCAGAUUAGUUUACCGCGUUUGGAACUAUGCGGAGCUGUGAUAUUAGCUCGUUUAACAAAAAAGGUUAUUGCUGCGUUAGAUAUAAGUCCUGAUGAUAUAUAUUUGUGGACAGACUCUACAAUUGUGCUGGGGUGGAUUGCGGAACAGCCAAGUAGGUGGAAGGUUUUCGUGGCUAAUAGAGUCGCAGAGAUACAAGAACUCACUACAGGUUAUUAUUGGAAACACGUUGAAUCUGCCGACAAUCCAGCUGACAUCAUAUCGAGAGGCACACAACCUAUAUUGCUUAAAAACUUAGAUUUGUGGUGGUUAGGACCUCCAUGGCUUAGAGAUAAUCUAGACAAAUGGCCAAAAACUGAGCAUAAUAUGUAUACAAGUUCUAUUCCUGAACAACGAAAUGUUAAGUUUACUUUUACCAGCGUACUUAUCGAUUCUGAAAUUUUUACACGGUAUUCUUCAUUAUAUAAAUUAGUUCGGAUUGUAGCAUUAUGCUUUAGAUUUAGUAAAAACUCCAGGUGUACGGUAGGUAACAGGAAUUUUGGUGACAUAUCAAAUACAGAAUUUGACGAAGCAUUGUUAGCUUUGAUAAAGGUUAUGCAAGCCCAAGAGUUCAAAGACGAAAUACUAGCUAUACAUAGAUCUAACGAUUUACCAAAACAAAGUACGCUUAGGUCACUUGAUCCCUUUAUCGAUGCAGCGGGUAUUUUGCGCGUGGGUGGGAGACUUCGCAAUUCCAACGAAACGUACGAUGUCAAAUUUCCCAUACUUUUACCUCAAAGACAUCCAUUGACUAGACUGAUAGUAUUAGAUCAGCAUCACAAACAAUUACACGCAGGGCCACAACUAAUUUUAGCCUCUUUACGACAGCGUUACUGGCCGAUAAACGGAAGACGUGUGGUUCGAAGUAUGUUAGCGAGAUGCGUAACCUGCUUUCGAGUCAAGCCUGGCAGUAUUAAGCAAAAAAUGGCUGAUCUGCCAGAAGACCGAGUAAGGUCUAGUAGACCUUUUCUAGUUUCAGGCGUCGAUUUUGCAGGUCCGUUCAAUCUAAAAGACGGUAAACUACGAAAUCGCGCUAUUAUAAAGAGUUAUAUGUGCUUAUUCGUAUGCUUGUCGACCAAGGCAGUGCAUAUAGAGCUCGCAGGCGAUUUAAGCAGUAGUUCAUUUUUAAAUUGUCUAAAAAGGUUUGUGUCAAGACGAGGUAUAUGUACUCGAAUGUAUUCCGACAAUGCAACUAAUUUUGUUGGGGCGAAUAACGAGCUGAAAAAAGUAGAAAACUUUUUAAAAUCCGUGGGACAAGAUAAAGAAUUUUAUAAAUUUUGUCAGCAAUCCCACAUUGACUGGCGGUAUAUUCCUCCUCGAUCACCUCAUCACGGAGGUCUCUGGGAAUCCGCUAUUAAAUCAGCAAAACAUCAUAUAGCGCGGGUUAUAGGUAAUACAAUUUUAACUUUUGAAGACAUGAGCACCGUGCUUACACAGAUAGAGGCGGUUCUAAAUUCCCGACCCCUAACCCCUCUAUCCUCUAAUCCAAAUGACUUCCUUGCUCUUACGCCUGGUCAUUUCCUCAUCGGAGACGCAUUAAACGCACUCCCACAACGAUGUGUGAAAGAAGAGUUGUCAAAUCGUCUAGAUCAAUACCAUUUGAUUCAAAAGAUGUACCAGCAGUUUUGGUCGAGGUGGUCAUCAGAGUAUCUGGCGGUUCUACAGCAACGUAUGAAGUGGAAGAAGUCCUGUCAGAACUUGGAAGUGGGCACUAUGGUCAUUCUGAGGGAAGAAAACGCCGCACCGCUGAAUUGGAAGCUUGGAUGGAUCGUCGAGCUUCACCCAGGACAGGAUGGAUUAGUGCGAGUUGUUAGUGUGCGUACUAGUGCCGGAGUGAUAAAGAGGUCGGUACAAAAGUUAUGCGCUCUUCCAAUCGAGGUCGACCCUUCUAAAACCAUCUCAUAG